AUGGUGUGUACGAAAUUCGGAGCCGUUCUACUCGUCCUUUCCCUGCUCUUCUCGGCUUCUUUUGACGCGGUCCUCGUCGGAGUCAAUGCCCACAGGCGGAGCCGCGGCGCCAAUUCCAACCUCUCUACUCUCGCCGGAAUCGAAUUGAACGACCACUUGAAUUUCAAUGCUGCCUCCACUGCUUCCACCUCAGGUUGCAGCCUCUCCACUUCCAAGAAAGCCACCCAGUCAAAGUCCUCGGGAGAACAAAAACUCGCCGGCGAUGAUUACGAGGACGUCGACGACGAUGAUGAAGACGACGUAGAGGGAGAAGGAAAUCAAAUACCGGCAAAGCCCACCAUGAAGCUCCACCUAAAACACCGGCCGCUGACCGGGUCCAAGCCUAAGCAGGAAGCCUUCUUCGUAUCGGCGACACAGGACUUGGCCAGAAUUCAGACUCUGUACCGAAGAAUCACGGAGAAGAAGAAUCAGAAUGCCGUCUCCAGAUUGGAAAACGAAAAGUCAAAGCAGGGAAAUCGCGUGGUGGAGAAGCAGCCAGCGACGGCGGCGGCCGUGCCCUCGUCGGGCGUCUCCGGGCAGCUGAUGGCGACUUUGGGGUCAGGGGUGGCACUGGGUUCCGGCGAAUACUUCAUGGACGUCUUCAUCGGUACACCUCCUAAGCACUUCUCUUUAAUUCUGGAUACGGGUAGUGACCUCAAUUGGAUUCAAUGCGUCCCUUGCCACGACUGUUUUGAGCAAAAUGGGCCGCUCUACGAUCCCAUAGACUCAACUUCUUUCAAGAACAUCAGUUGCAGUGAUCCCAGAUGUCAAUUGAUCUCAUCACCAGACCCACCUUUGCCUUGUAAAGAUCACAACCAGAGCUGCCCUUAUUUCUACUGGUACGGUGAUAGCUCCAACACAACGGGUGAUUUCGCACUCGAGACCUUCACUGUCAAUCUCACCUCCCCAUCUGGAAAAUCAGAGUUUACUAAGGUUGAGAAUGUGAUGAUUGGUUGUGGCCACUGGAAUAGAGGGCUGUUCCAUGGUGCAGCUGGUUUGCUAGGACUUGGGAGAGGGCCACUCUCUUUUGCUUCUCAGCUUCAGUCACUGUAUGGCCAUUCCUUCUCAUAUUGUCUCGUGGAUAGGAAUAGCGACACUAAUGUGACUAGCAAGUUGAUAUUUGGGGAGGACAAGGAUCUUUUGAGCCACCCUGAGUUGAAUUUCACUUCUUUGGUCUCUGGGAAGGAGAAUCUCGUCGAUACGUUCUACUAUGUUCAGAUCAAGUCCAUCAUGGUUGGUGGUGAGGUUCUGAACAUACCAGAAGAGACUUGGAAUGUAUCGGCUGAUGGUGCAGGCGGUACCAUUGUGGAUUCUGGUACGACGCUGAGCUACUUCUCCGAGCCAGCUUAUCAGACCAUUCGAGAUGCAUUCCUGAGGAAAGUGAAAGGCUAUCCGGUGAUCGAUAGUGUACCGGUUCUGGACCCUUGUUACAAUGUCUCCGGAGUGGACAACCUUGUUCUGCCCGAGUUCGGGAUAUUGUUUGCAGACGGAGCAGCGUGGAACUUCCCGGUUGAGAACUACUUCAUCUGGCUGCAGCCAGGGGAAGUUGUUUGCUUGGCAAUUCUGGGGACUCCACGGUCUGCUCUUUCCAUUAUUGGGAACUAUCAGCAGCAGAACUUCCAUAUCUUGUAUGACACCAAGAGGUCGAGACUUGGGUAUGCACCCAUGAAUUGUGCUGAUGUAUAG